ACCGUUGUUUGGGGGUGUGUUGGUGACGUAGGUUGAUGAGUCAACAAUGAUGACGAUGUGGAGGCUGACUAGGAUGCCACCCGUGAAUGAUGAGGAGGGUCCUUUUGGCGACACCCGUUUCACAUGCGAGAGGCUACGUGCCACUGGCCGUCUCGUUUCGCCCAGAGAUGUUGCAAAUUCUCCAGCAAAGUCUAGAAGUAAAGUUUCUCCAGCGAAGUCCAGAAAUAGAGUCUCUCUAGCGAAGUCCAAGGGCAGAAUUUCUCCAGUGAAGUCCGAAAAUAGAGCUUUUCCAGCAAAGUCCAGGAGUAGAGUUUCUCCAACAAAGACCAAGAGUAGAGUUUCUCCAGCAAAGUCUGGAAAUAGAGCUUCUCUAGCAAAGACCGAAAAUAAAAUAUCCCCAGCCAAGCCAGAAAGAUGGCAUUGUUGUAAUUUCUGGGUUGAUGGGUCAGAUGUGCACAGUGGCCUAAUGGGUAGAUUUGGUUUCGCUGGUUCUAGCGAUGGACUAGAAACUGUUUAUUUAUGGGAAUUCCUCUGGCCAUACGAAAUUCCAUUUUUGGGGAAGUGCUUGAGUGCAGCCGGCAAAAUCAAGUUUGUCCAAGAUUUUGGAAGAUUCCCAAGGGUUGCCCAAGAUAUUGGUAUAUUUUCAAGCCACCUUUGCAUUGAAUAUGGCUGCAAGUUGUUGAUGGUGACCAAAACAGCAUCUUUGGUUGGUUUUGAACGAGAUUCCAAGCUUCUAGUUGGCAUCAAACAGUAUAGUUUUAGGGAUCAAGUCUACCUCCACGUCUUCACCACCCAUCCCUUUAUGGUGAAGUCGGGCAACAUUGCCAGCACUAAGCUUCAUUGGUGCGAAUACCUCGCUUCGCCAAACAGGCAACGUUCACCUAUCUAUACCUGCUAAGCCACUACUCCCAUAGUUUAUCCCGAAUAUCCCUAUGAGCUUGGAUUCAUGGGUUUUAUUGAUGACCUGCAUAAAGGAAUAGUGAUCAAUUGAUGAAAAUGGUGAAAUUUAAUAAAUAAGGAAAUAAUAA